UUCAUAUAAAGGGGCAGGAGAUCUGACAGAACUACCAUCUGGUCGAUAAAACAGCCACAGAUUUCACUGAAAGCUCCUUCUCUGUUCCACCAUUAUGUCCUAUGCGAGGUCCAUAGGUGGCGGCUUUACUGCAGAUCUACAAAGUGGGGGAAGUAGUGGAGGCUUUGGACAUGGUGGCGCGCAAAAAGGAAUAAUAAUGAAUGGAUCAGGAGUAGGCUUUGGAGAAUUUAGCCAUGAGGAGAUGGGUGGUGGAGGUUAUGGAGGCGGAUAUGGUGGAGGUGUUGGCGGUGGUUUUGGUGGAGGAAGCGUAAGAGUUUCUAGUGGUGGUUAUGGAGCAGGGUUUGGUGGAAGAGCUAGUAGUGGUGGGGCUGGUGGAGGAUAUGGUGGUGGUGCUGGCGGUGGAUAUGGUGGUGGUGCUGGUGGAGGAUAUGGUGGUGGUGCUGGUGGAGGAUAUGGUGGUGGAGGAUUUGGUGGUGGAGGAUUUGGUGGUGGUGCUGGAGGGGGAUUUGGUGGUGGAGGAUUUGGUGGUGGUGCUGGUGGUGGAUUUGGUGGUGGAGGGUUUGGUAGUGAUGGCAUUUUUGGAACCAAUGAAAAACAAACCAUGCGGAACCUAAAUGACCGCUUGGCUUCCUACUUGGACAAAGUUAAGGCUUUGGAAGACGAUAAUGCAGAUAUUGAGCGCAAAAUCCGAGAGUGGUAUGAGAAGCAACGCCCAAGCUCAACUACUGGUGUAGGAGCAGCAGACUACAGCAAGUAUGAACCCAUUAUCGAGGACCUCAGAAAUAAGAUUCUGGCCGCCACUAUUGACAAUGCUAGGACCCUUUUGCAAAUUGACAAUGCCCGGCUGGCAGCAGAUGACUUCAGACUGAAAUAUGAGAACGAGUUGGCACUCCGACAGAGCGUUGAGGCUGAUAUUAAUGGUCUACGAAGAGUCCUGGAUGAACUCACCUUAGCAAGAUCUGACCUGGAAAUACAAAUUGAAAGCCUCAAUGAAGAACUGGUUUAUCUCAAGAAGAAUCACCAAGAGGAAUUGUCCUCCAUCCAUGGGACACAGGCCGGGCAACUUACUGUGGAGAUGAAUGCGGCUCCAGGCACUGAUCUGACCAAACUACUGAAUGACAUGAGAGAACAGUACGAAGCCAUCGCUGAGAAGAACAGAAAGGAAGCUGAGGCUAGGUUCCUUGAACAGAGUAAGGAGCUGAAGAAAGAGAUUUCGGCUGGGGUGGCUCAGGUACAGUCCAGCAGUUCGGAGAUUACGGACCUGAGAAGAAGCCUUCAGUCCUUGGAGAUAGAGCUGCAGUCCCAGUUGGCAAUGAAAAAAUCUCUGGAAACCACUUUGGCAGAAACGGAAGGCCGGUACUGCGCUCAGAUCGCCCAAAUACAAAGCAUUAUCAGUAGUGUGGAAGAACAAUUGGCCCAGCUGAGAUGUGACAUGGAAAAUCAGAGUGAGGAGUAUAAUCGGCUGCUCGACAUCAAAACCCGUCUGGAGCAAGAGAUUCAGAAAUAUCGCCAGCUGCUCGAAGGAGAAGGAGGGUCACUGGGAAUUUCAUCAAGUUCCUCUACAAGUCAAAGGUCCCCAGCAGUUUCAGUGGAUUCUUCUAAAGAUCCAAACAGAUCAAGAAAAGUCAGGACCAUCUUUGAAGACAUGGUGGAUGGGAAAGUCGUCUCUUCACAAGUUAAGGAGAUCGAGGAGAAAUAUUAACAUAGGAUUCCAUGAACAUUAAAGUGUACCUGUC